ACACAUUGUGUUUAAAUGAACACAUUGAGUUUACCACAAAUGUGCGUGAGUGAUGGCGACUUUUCAAAACACAUUGCACGUGUCUGAGCAUUCUGCCGACGGUAAAUUAUAUGCUCUUUUGAGCUUCGAUGGCAAAUUAAAAGUAUGGAAUACAGAAACAAAUGAAUUACAACGAGAGUUUGUGCCAAACUUUCAUUUAAAUGCACCAUUCACGUGUUUCACAUGGAUCACAGUCAAUGGCACGUUGGGACCGCGCAAGACACCGCAAAAAAAGUCCCAACGAACAACAGAGUACAUUGCCCUUGGAACUCGUAGUGGUGGUGUCAGCCUGUAUUCAUACAGCAAAAGCGAGAUCGAAUGUACAUUGAAAGGUGUUGGACAUCAAGGUAGCAUAACGGCCAUUUGUCGUGGUACAAACAAUGUUUUGUUUACAUGUGGCGAUGAUUGUCGUGUGAUCACAUGGAACUUGGAAACUGGUUCACAAAUAUCAUCAUGGGAGAUUGGCAAUGAAAAACCAUCGAGUCUUGUCUAUUUAGCUGAAUCAAAUCGUUUAGUUGUUGCAGCUCGACAAUUGUAUCUGUGGUCAGUUGUAAAUCAGGAGCUCGAACAAACCUAUACCGGUCAUUCAUCCAGUGUAACAAUGUUAAAAUAUUUUGUUAUUAAAUCAAAAGAAUUCAUUUUAUCAGCAUCAAAAGCAGAUCGCAUACUUACAUUGUGGCGAAUUAAAAUGUCGAAAAAGUGUCCAAAUUCAUAUUCAUAUUUGAUGGAAGAUAUUGCCAACAGUGUUGCAACUAAAGUUGAUGAUGAUAAAUUGGAAAUUGCGGCCGUUACACGAAGUGGUGUAUUGCAUUAUUUUGGUGUGGAUGGUUUGGCAAAAAUUGAACAAAUUCCAUGUAAACCGAUGAAACCAACGUUGACCAUUGAAAUUGCAAACGAUUCACCACAAUUAGUUGAACCAAUUCCAAUUUGUACAGUGGGUAUGGAAAUUGGACGGGCACAAAAGAAAUUACAAAUUGGCUAUGGUGAUCGUCAAGUGGUACGAUUUGAAUUGAUUGAACCUGAUUUUAAUGAACGUCGACAGGUGCUCAUUCGAAGCAGUUCAAAAUCUGUGACCAAUGAUGCAACAACAAAAAAACGUACAACCAACGCACUGAAGACAAUUGCACCGAUUGUUAAUAUGGAAAGUGUUGAAUUUCAAUCGAAAGAUGUUGUGCCGCGGAAAGGUAAAAAUAAUAUUGAAAUACCGAUGGAAACACGAUUGGAGAAUUUAACAUUUGAUUCACUCGGACAAAGUAGUGCGGUUGGACGAAAUGUGGCACAAUUAUUGGUUCAAGCACUUCAUAGUCACGAUGCAAAUCUAUUGAAAAUGGUGUUUUUGAAUAAAGAUGAACAAAUUAUUCGAGCAACACUCAAACGUCUACCUCCACAAUAUAUUUCGAGCUUGAUUGCCGAACUCACAGCAUUGGCACAAAAGAAAACAAUCCACGUUCACACAUCAAUUUUAUGGUUGAAACAUCUGCUUCAAACACAAUCAAGUCAACUGAUGGCCAUCGGAACAAUUGAAUUGUACGCUACGUUCGGACCACUUCUCGGAAUCGCUGAACAUCGAGCAAACACAUUCCAACAACUGACCAAACUUAGCGGGCGAUUGGAUUUGCUGGUGAACCAAAUCAAACAAAAUACAGAUCAUGACAUCAUUGAAGACUCUGAUUUGCUAGUGUAUGAAGAUAAAGAUUCAUCAGACGAAGAUGGAAUACCACAAGAGGAAGAAUCAUCAGACGAUCAAUGGGAAGAUGGAGAAGAGGAAGAUGGAGUUGAAGGGAUGGAAGUUUGUGAAAAUGGCAACGACAGCGAUAUGGAGAGCGACAACGGAGAUGAUGAUGAUGAUGGAAAAGAUGUGAAUGAAAGUGACUAGUUUCAAACAAAAAAUUGUAUUUUUAUUUGAAAUAAAGAAAUUGAGAGAAAACAAUCAUAUUAACAUAAAAA